AUGCCCGGGACACAGCACAAGAACUGUUUUGGACCCGGAGAAUGUCCGACCAGACAAUCAGGAACCGUCCUCGAGAGGCAGUUGGUGGGAAGCAAGGACACGGGAAGUAACAAUGGACUACACGCGUGUGUUUCUCUGUAUUGUUCUAUACCUUUGGCAGCUCUGUCUUCCAACUCAUGUUGGUGGGAAGCAAGGACACGGGAAGUAACAAUGGACUACACGCGUGUGUUUCUCUGUAUUGUUCUAUACCUUUGGCAGCUCUGUCUUCCAACUCAUGAAUGCAUGACCGGCUAUUACACGGACAGAGGAAACUGUGUACAGUGUGGAACAGGUUGUAAGCCGGGAACUUGUGAACGUGACACCGGGAACUGUACGUGUAAAGCUGGGUGGACAGGACCCAGAUGUGCCACACAGUGUCUUGGCGGCUACUAUGGUGCCAACUGUGCUUCGACAUGUUCCCCUGGAUGUGUUUCAUCUCCGUGUGAUCAGGAAACCGGAAGGUGCUCGCAAAGUAGACAAGGUUACUGUAAACCUGGCUGGGCGCUCGGGUCUUAUUACAGGUGUGAAAAUCUGGAUUCUUCCUUCUUCAUCAAGGAUCGGGAUCUCCUGUCACACUACCGCCCCGUCCGGUCAUCGGUCAACUGA